AGUACAUACCUCAAAUUCACAAACCCCCACCAACAAUUAACGAUCGAAAUGGUGGAGAAAGAGUCGAAGAAGAAGUGGAAUUUUGAGGGGAAUUUCCAUGGAGAGCAAAAAACGGCAUCACCACCAAUCACAGUUCGAGGAAUCCUGUACAUGAUAAUGCGAAGUCUCAACAAAGAUGACGACAGGCCAAUCAUUCCUCUUGGUCACGGUGACCCCUCCGCCUUCCCAUGCUUCCGAACUAGUGCUGCAGCUGAAGACGCCGUCGUCGACGCCCUUCGCUCCGCCCGCUAUAACUCUUACUCUCCCACCGUUGGUAUUCUACCGGCAAGAAGGGCCAUUGCUGGUUACCUCUCCCAUGACCUCCCGUACAACCUAUCACCGGACGAUGUUUAUCUUACAGUUGGAUGUUCAAAUGCGAUUGAAGUCAUCAUAGAAGCUCUUGCACGUCCGGGUGCCAACAUUUUGGUUCCGAGGCCAGGCUUCCCUUACUAUGAUGUUCGGGCGGCCUGUUCCAAUCUCGAAGUCCGUCAUUAUGAUCUCCUUCCGGACAAGGGCUGGGAGGUUGAUCUCGAAGCUGUUGAAGCACUUUCGGAUGAAAAUACUGUUGCCAUGGUGAUCAUCAAUCCUGGCAAUCCUUGUGGAAAUGUACACUCACCUCAACACUUGGAGAAGAUUGCGGAGAAAGCGAGGAAGCUUGGGAUUCUGGUAAUUGCUGAUGAAGUUUAUGAGCAGAUUACUUUUGGAAGUACCAAGUUUGUGCCAAUGGCGGCAUUUGCAGCUACUGUGCCAGUUAUUACGCUUGGUUCUAUAUCGAAGAGAUGGACCGUACCUGGUUGGCGACUUGGUUGGCUUGUCACCUGUGAUCCCACUGCCGCUCUUAAAAAUUCUGGGCUAAUUGAGCGCAUAACGGAGUGUCUUGAAGUUACAACUGAUCCUGCAACCUUCAUGCAGGCAGCAAUUCCUCAAAUUCUAGAGAAGACCAAAGAGGAGUUCUAUUCAAACAUAAUUGCGAUUUUAAGACGUUGCGCGGACAUAUGUUUUGAUAGACUUCAGGAAAUCCCCUGCAUUACUUGCCCAAGCAAACCAGAGGGUUCCAUGUUUCUAAUGGUGAAGCUAAACCUCGAAUUAUUGGAUGACAUUGGUGAUGAUAUGGAGUUUUGCAUUAAACUUGCCGAAGAGGAAUCUGUUGUCGUUUUACCUGGGGUGGCUGUGGGAAUGAAGAACUGGUUGCGCGUAACCUUCGCUUGCGAUCAUUCAUGUCUCGAAGAUGGCCUUGGCCGGAUGAAAGCCUUCUGCCAACGGCAUGCCAAGAAACAUUAGUUAACUUGUUGAUGGCGGUGAUCAACAACUUCUCGUUGGAUCCCAUGCUCCGUUCGAAACUUCAAAUGCUGGCUCUACCUUGAAUAAAUGAAGAUCGAUAGUUCCGAAAAUUUAUCUAUUAGCCAGUCGUGUAAUACGUAUAAACAAAAUAAAUCGAGGGUGGCUGAAACUCAAUAGCUAUAGUUUUUAAAUGUCCCUCCGUCUUGUAUAUUUUUCUCACGUACUAAUGUCUAAACCUUGUUGAGUUGCAUGUAUUUGGUUAAUUAGUACAAAUGAGCAUUGGAUUGUAAAA